AUGAAUGAACCUGAUGAAAAAUACGAAAUUUUGCCAAUGGAUGAGAAUUUGGCCGAAACAAUGCGCUAAAACUUUUUAGUAUUUAAACCAAAGGAAGAACCAAUAAAAGAGAAUAAUAAAAACAUUAUCUCAUAAACAAUUGAUUUAGAAGAAUAAAAGCUAAUCUAAAAUGUUAGCUAUUAUGAUUUAGAAAGUUAAGAACUAAAAUAACUUAUCAAACCUAGUGAUGCAAUCUAAAGAUGCAAUCUAUAAAAAUAAGGUUCAUCCAGUGAAUAUUCCUCCUUUGAAGUUUCAGCCAGAGAAAUAUAAAGAAAAAAGAAGACAAGAGAUCUUGAUUGCAUAAAAUAAGGCCGUGUUAGAGAUAAGUUGUUAGAUUAAUUAGUUGACAAGAAAUAUUUUUCAGAUGUUGAUGCGGACAGAACCGGAAAAUGCAAACCCAAUUCUGAUUAAAAACAAGCUAAUAGGUUGAAAUCUCAUUUCUAAAAUUAAGUUUCACCAUUAAAAAGAGAUAUAGAGCGUUAGAAAUAAAAUUUGUACUUAGAAAAUAAGGCAUCAAUGCUUAUAGUGUAUUAAUAAAAAUACUGGCCAAUUAUUUAAAACAAAAACACUGCUCCUCUUCACAAGGAAAAUAAAUUAAUCAGAAAUAUUUAAGUAGAAGAAAAGCUUUAUUGCGAAAUUUGUUACAAACCCAUAGAAAAUGAUUCACAGUUGCUAAGUUUAAACUGUGGCCACAGUUAUUGCAAAGAGUGCUUGGAAGCGAUGGUAUUGUAUGCCAUUGAUGUUUCUGGAGAAGUCAACAAAUUAAAAUGCCCUGAUUCUAAAUGUACAGCUGUUUUGUCAAGAAAUGUCAUCCAGAAUCUGACAAAUUCUGAAAAAUUCUAGAAGUACCUUGGAUUCAUGCUAAACUAUGAGCUAAUCUUGGACAAAAAUAAAAAAUUCUGUCCAUCCCCUGAUUGUCACAACAUAUUAGAAAGAAAAGGGCUUGGCUUUUCCUCUAAGAUUAAAUGCGAGAAAUGUAAUAAUGAAAUCUGUUUUGACUGUCAAGCAGUUUGGCACUAAGGCUAAUCUUGUAGAUAGUUUUAAAACAACACUACUGUUGGUUGGAUUUUGAAAAAGGAUGCUUAAAAGUGUCCUAAAUGCAAAGUACUGAUUGAAAAGAAUGAUGGAUGCAUUCAUAUGAAGUGUUACAAGUGCUAACAUUAUUUUUGUUGGGGUUGUGGUUUCCCAGUGGAUCAUAUUAUUCAUAAUAAGGAUAUCUAACAAUUCUUAGUUUAUGGAAUAUGCAUUGGAGACAAAUACAAAUCAGUUAGCUUCAGGAAGCUUGUAUUCAUUUAUCUAUUACUAUCAUUUGGAGCCUAGUUUAUAUCCUUCUUAUUAAUUUUAAUUGGUGCUGCACUAUUUUGGAUAGUAGGGCCGUUUAGUUUAUAUAAUGAUAUCACAGAUAGUUUGAAAGGCCCAAUUAUUAAAACAAUAGUUAUCUAUCUGCUAGUCUUUGCCUAUCCAGCAUGCAUUUGCUUGGGAUUGAUUAGUAGUGUCCUUUUUGCAGCUGUGUAUUUGGGGUUGGCAUUCUUGCCGCUAAUGAUUUUACAUUCUUAUUAUUUGAUAAGCAUUAUACGUUGGUGGAAAUAAGGAAGAGCUUUUAAAGGUUUAUGA